GGAUGAGCCCCGGGAGCCUGCGGGGCACGGCCCGGCCCAGGCCCGGGAACUAGACGGCCGCCGGGGAGGGGCCGGCUUCCUGCGGCCGCGCCGUGUCCUCGUCGCCCGCGUCCCGUGCGGAACCCGAGCGCAGGAAGAUGUCCACUAGGACCCCGCUGCCCACGGUGAAUGAACGGGACACCGAGAACCACACGUCCCAUGGAGACGGGCAUCAAGAAGUCCCCUGCCGGGCCGGGCGCUCUGGAGCUCGCUGCAGGAACUCCAUCGCUUCCUGCACGGACGAGCAGCCUCACAUCGGGAACUACAGGCUGCUGAAGACGAUCGGCAAGGGCAACUUUGCAAAGGUGAAGUUGGCAAGACAUAUCCUUACAGGCAGAGAGGUUGCUAUAAAAAUAAUUGACAAAACUCAGUUGAAUCCAACAAGUCUACAAAAGCUCUUCAGAGAAGUAAGAAUAAUGAAGAUUUUAAAUCAUCCAAACAUAGUGAAGUUAUUUGAAGUCAUUGAAACUGAAAAGACACUCUACUUAAUCAUGGAGUAUGCAAGCGGAGGUGAAGUAUUUGACUAUUUGGUUGCACAUGGAAGAAUGAAGGAAAAAGAAGCAAGAGCUAAAUUUAGACAGAUCGUGUCUGCAGUGCAGUAUUGCCACCAAAAACGCAUCGUGCACAGAGACCUCAAAGCUGAAAAUCUAUUGUUAGAUGCGGAUAUGAACAUUAAAAUAGCAGACUUCGGUUUUAGCAAUGAAUUUACUGUUGGCAGUAAACUAGACACCUUCUGCGGCAGUCCUCCUUAUGCGGCCCCGGAGCUCUUCCAGGGCAAGAAGUAUGACGGGCCGGAAGUUGACGUGUGGAGUCUGGGUGUCAUUCUGUACACGCUGGUCAGCGGCUCCCUGCCCUUUGACGGCCAGAACCUAAAGGAACUAAGAGAGAGAGUGUUAAGAGGGAAGUACAGAAUCCCUUUCUACAUGUCCACAGACUGUGAAAACCUUCUCAAACGUUUCCUGGUGCUAAACCCAAUUAAACGAGGCACUCUAGAGCAAAUCAUGAAGGACAGAUGGAUCAAUGCAGGACAUGAGGAGGAUGAACUGAAACCAUUUGUUGAACCAGAACUGGACAUCUCAGAUCAGAAAAGAAUAGAUAUUAUGGUCGGAAUGGGAUAUUCACAGGAAGAAAUUCAGGAAUCUCUCAGUAAAAUGAAAUACGAUGAGGUCACAGCUACCUAUUUGCUGCUGGGGAGGAAGUCUUCAGAGCUGGAUGCUAGUGACUCCAGUUCUAGCAGCAAUCUCUCACUUGCUAAGGUCAGGCCGAGCAGUGACCUCAACAACAGUACUGGCCAGUCCCCUCACCACAAAGUGCAGAGGGGUGUGUCUUCAAGCCAGAAACAGCGAAGGUACAGUGACCACGCUGGCCCAGCUGUUCCUUCAGUUGUGGCAUACCCAAAAAGGAGUCAGACCAGCACCGCAGAUAGUGACCUCAAAGAAGAUGGAAUUCCCUCCCGGAAAACGAGCGUCAGUGCUGUUGGAGGGAAGGGGAUUGCUCCAGCCAGUCCCAUGCUUGGGAAUGCGAGUAACCCCAACAAGGCAGAUAUUCCUGAACGCAAGAAGAGCUCCGUCACCCCCAGUAGUAACACCGCAUCUGGCGGGAUGACACGGCGAAACACUUACGUGUGCAGCGAGAGAACCACAGCUGACCGGCACUCAGUGAUUCAGAAUGGCAAGGAGAACAGCACUGUCCCUGACCAGAGGACUCCGGUGGCGUCCACCCACAGUGUUAGCAGUGCAGCCACUCCAGACCCCGUCCGCUUCCCAAGAGGCUCUGCCGUGCGCAGCACUUUCCACGGCCCGCCCAGGGAGCGGCGGACCGCCACCUAUAACGGCCCGCCCGCCUCCCCCAGCCUGUCCCACGAAGCCACGCCGUUGUCCCAGACUCGAAGCCGAGGCUCCACUAAUCUUUUUAGUAAAUUAACUUCAAAGCUGACGAGGAGAAACAUGUCAUUCAGGUUUAUCAAAAGGCUUCCGACUGAAUAUGAGAGGAACGGGAGAUAUGAGGGCUCAAGUCGCAAUGUCUCGGCCGAGCCAAGGGACGAGCACAAGGAGGCCAAGCCCCGCUCCCUGCGCUUCACGUGGAGCAUGAAGACCACGAGCUCCAUGGAGCCCGGCGACAUGAUGCGGGAGAUCCGCAAAGUGCUGGACGCCAACAGCUGCGACUACGAGCAGAGGGAGCGCUUCCUGCUGCUGUGUGUGCACGGCGACGGGCACGCCGAGGGCCUCGUGCAGUGGGAGAUGGAGGUGUGCAAGCUGCCAAGACUGUCACUCAACGGGGUCCGCUUCAAGCGGAUAUCUGGGACCUCCAUCGCUUUCAAAAACAUUGCUUCCAAAAUUGCCAACGAGCUAAAGCUGUAACCCAGUAACUAUGGUGUAAAUUACAUAGCAGUUAAGUGUUUCCUGAACCUGGAUGGGAAUGUAUAGACUAAUAUUUAGGCAGUGACGCCUGCAUCUUCUGAAUCAUGGUAUUAAAAUCUGAGGACGAGUGCACGCCGGGGAACGGAAGCUGGCCUUUUUUCUACAAAUGCACUACAUUAGAGAUGUGUGACCCGUGCGCCCUCUUAUUCCCCUGGCCCUGGAGGUCAGCGUGGGGCACCAUCUCCACGGCCUCCUGUGUGUGGGGAGGGGCUGCAGAAGCGGCUCCUGAGCCCGGCAGCCAGCGUCGGGCCGAGUGCCUCCCAGGAGCUCGUUUGGUGCUAAAACAUUACAGUUGCCAAGGAGAAUACGGACUCACUGCUGAAGACUAACCCCGAGGCUGGCGGACGGUUAACGCACGUCCACAGCCAGGCUGUGCUUUUGUGUUUGUUGUUUGUGUUUUUUUAGUGAAAAAGGUUUAAAUUUAUAGUUGUGAACUUUGCUUGUGUGUUUUUCUAAGUAGAUUCACAAGAUAAUUAAAAAUUCACUUUUUCUCAGUAAAA